CUCUACCUCCUGCAGUUGCUUUGGGCAUGGAGGAAAUUUAUGCAAAGUUUGUGUCUCAGAAAAUCAGCAAAACCCGCUGGCGACCGGUGCCCUCAGGGAGCCUACAGACCGCGGAGACGUUCGCUACAGGUUCUUGGGACAAUGAGGAAAACUAUGUUUCGCUGUGGUCUAUUGGAGAUUUUGGAAACUUGGACUCUGAUGGAGGAUUUGAAGGAGACCAUCAAUUAUUGUGUGAUAUCAGACACCAUGGUGAUGUAAUGGAUUUACAGUUUUUUGACCAAGAAAGGAUUGUAGCUGCUUCAUCAACAGGAAGCGUAACAGUUUUUCUUCACCAUCCGAAUAACCAGACUUUGUCAGUCAACCAGCAGUGGACAGCAGCUCACUACCACACAGGUCCAGGCAGUCCUUCCUAUAGCAGUGCACCAUGCACAGGUAUUGUAUGCAGCAACCCAGAAAUUGUCACUGUUGGAGAAGAUGGUCGAAUAAAUUUCUUCAGAGCAGAUCACAAGGAAGCUCUAAGAACUAUAGACAAUGCAGAUAGCAGUACACUCCAUGCUGUAACCUUCCUUCGAACUCCUGAGAUUCUUACAGUAAAUUCAAUUGGACAGUUAAAAAUAUGGGAUUUCAGACAACAAGGAAAUGAGCCUUCUCAGAUAUUGUCACUGACUGGUGAUCGAGUGCCACUUCACUGUGUUGAUAGACAUCCUAACCAACAGCAUGUUGUAGCUACCGGUGGCCAGGAUGGAAUGUUGAGUAUUUGGGAUGUUAGACAAGGUACUAUGCCUGUAUCUCUGCUGAAGGCUCAUGAAGCUGAAAUGUGGGAAGUUCACUUUCACCCAUCCAACCCAGAUCAUCUCUUUACUUGUUCUGAAGAUGGAUCCCUCUGGCACUGGGAUGCCUCCACAGAUGUACCUGAAAAGUCAUCACUGUUUCACCAAGGAGGAAGAACUAGCACUUUUUUGUCUCAUAGCAUUAGUAACCAAGCUAAUGUUCACCAGUCUCUUAUAAGUUCCUGGCUCAGCACUGAUCCUGCAAAAGACCGUAUUGAAAUCACAAGUUUGCUUCCCAAUAAGACUUUGUCCGUGAACAGUUUGGAUGUUUUAGGUCCUUGUCUUGUUUGUGGAACUGAUGCAGAAGCAAUUUAUGUUACUAGACAACUUUUUUCAUGAAAGUACUGUCAUCAUAAGAUUUCAUGUAAAACAAUUAACCCUUUGAAUUCCAACUUCUAUGCAAAAUUUUAUUAUCAGAAAAUGUGAAAUUUGCAAGGAAAACAUCAAUAAACUACUGUCAAUG